GCUGCAACACAAAACCAGGAAAAAUCAACCUCAGCAAAAAGUUCUUGUCUAUAAAUUAUAUGCUUUUCCUCUUUGUGUAUUCAGCAUGAAGUUUUUGCUGUUGCUGCUUUUCUGUCACAUUUCAUCUUCAGUAAAACACUCCAUGACUGUUUUCUUCACUGCAUCUUCUGGAGUCCCAAACUUCCCGGAGGUUGUGGCUGUUAUGCUGAAUGAUGAUGUGGAGGUUGGUUACUGUGACAGCAAACUCAAAACAGCAAUACCCAAACAAGACUGGAUGGAAACAUUAAGAGAUGAGGAUCCAAAGUACUGGAAGCUGUACACAGGGGAGUGCACAGUGCAUCAGCAACUAUUUAAAGAAGAAUUUCAUGCUGUGAAAAAGCGCUUAAACCAGACGGGAGCUGUCCACAUUUACCAGAGACUGACUUGUUGUGAAUGGGAUGAUGAGACUGACAAAGUCAGUGGUUUUAAUCUGUAUGGCUAUGAUGGAGAAGACUUCUUAACAUUUAACAUGGAGACACAAACAUGGAUUGGCCCUAAACCACAGGCUGUCAUUAUAAAACAUUUAUGGAACAAUGACAGUGCUCGAAAUAUCUUUUUUACAAAUUACAUCAACCAAGUUUGUGUUUAUAGACUAAAGACCAAUCUGAAGUAUGGGAUGAGCUUUCUGCUGAGAACAGAGCUUCCCUCAGUGUCUCUCCUCCAGAAGACUCCCUCCUCUUCAGUCAGCUGCCACGCUACAGGUUUCUACCCCCACAGGGCCAUGAUGUUCUGGAGAAGGAAUGGAGAAGAGAUUCAUGAAGGUGUGAAUCAUGGAGAAAUCCUGCCAAACCAUGACGGCACUUUCCAGAUGAGUGUUGACUUGGACCUUUCAACAGUGACACCUGAGGAGUUUGGGAAUUAUGACUGUGUGUUUCAGCUUUCUGGUGUUAAAAAAGACAUCAUCACCAAACUGGACAAAGCCAUGAUCAGGACCAACUGGGUCCAUCCAGUUUUUCUUCCAAGCCUUACAGUUCCCAUGUCAUCCCUACUUGUGGGCCGCAUAAUGACGGUGGACAGCUCGCGGGAAGGACCAACUCGAGGUGAGCCGGAGGCUGGCGUGCCAGCGGGACCUGCAAAGCUGAAGACGGAGGUCAAGGUGCGCAGGGGUCUUGCAAUGCCCGAGGGCCUGUCUUCCAACAAAGGCUGGCACGCUCCGUGGUUCUGUGUGCUGGCUGCCUGUCCAACUGCCAGUGAGCCCUGA